AAAUACAAGACUUUGUUUCAAUCCCCAUUUGUCUGAGGUGUGCACUCUCAUUGAUUUUUUUAUCUAUUUGAUCCUCAGACAUUCAAAGGCAAAAAAAUUUAUUAUAUUAAUAAAACAUAAACACAAGUUAGAAAAAUCUCUUGUGUGAGGAAUUUAAUAAAGGGGAAGAAAACAUGUCUUUCACUGGAACUCUUGAUAAAUGCAAAGCAUGUGACAAGACUGUUUAUGUGGUUGAUUUGUUAACUCUUGAAAAUAUACCUUACCAUAAAAACUGCUUCAAAUGCAGCCAUUGCAAGGGAUGUCUUACGAUGAGUACAUACUCCUCUAUGGAUGGAAUUCUCUAUUGCAAGACACAUUUUGAACAGCUUUUCAAGGAAUCUGGCAAUUUUAGCAAGAACUUUGCAAAGUCUUCUGACAAACAAAAUGAGCUGAAUAGGACACCAAGUAGACUAUCUUCCAUGUUCAGUGGUACUUUGGACAAAUGUGCAGUUUGCACUAAAACAGUCUAUCCUUUGGAAAAGGUGACACUUGAAGGUGAAUGCUACCACAAGACUUGCUUUAGGUGUGCUCAUGCAGGGUGCCCUCUGACACAUUCAAACUAUGCUGCUCUUGAUGGUGUCCUGUAUUGUAGGGUCCAUUUUGCACAACUUUUCAUGGAGAAAGGUACCUAUAGCCAUGUACUCAACUCAACUGCACACAAGAGGAAUGGUUCUUCACCACCUUCUGAACCAAUUGAAGUUGAAGAGCCAUCAGAGUCAUCAGCAGCAGCAGCAGCACCUGAGGAACCACCAGAAGAAACCUCUUGAAUGAAACAGUAAAUCAAAUGUUCAAUGAAAAAAAAUUCCUUCCUCCCCUUUGUUUUGGAGCUAGGUUUUUUCUUUUCUUGAAGUUUACUAUUAAAAUACAUUUGAUUAAAAUUGUUAUUAUUUUUUUUUUUUUUGAGUUUAAUUGUAAGCUAAGAUAUAUAUGAGAGGUUUGUUUAUGUGUUCAAAA